GCACCCGUACAACGCUGCCGUGAACGGUUAGGUUUUUUCACGGGCGCCACUCGCACCGGGCGGCCGGCCGGACAGUCAAUCCCGGUCGGGUCGCCAUGCCCGUCGCGCCGUCCCCGUGUCCCGCGCACCAAACGUCCCGCACUCGCUCCGGUCCAGAACGUUUCCCGGGCACCGCGCGUUCGGGUCGGACGUGACCCUCGGCGGGACCAUGUGCGCGUGCUCGCAGCUGAUGUACGUGCUCUACGCCGCGCUGGCCAACGUUUUCGCGUUCUACGUGUACACCGAGUAUUCCCUAAACGUGUUCAUGGACGAGUACUUGCCGGCGGAACAGCAGCAGCGCGUCGAAAACCACCGGUAUUUCGAUCACAUCGUCGUUGGAGGCGGAACAGCAGGUAUUGCUGUAGCUUCACGUUUAGCAGAAAACAAAGCCCAUACCGUUUUAUUAAUUGAAGCUGGACCCAAAGUAUCAGUAUUUCAUGACAUACCACUUGCUACAUCAAUGCUUCAAAAGUCACCAAUCGAUUGGCAACAUCGAACGGAGCCACAGUUCAAUGCAUGUCUUGCUAUGAAAAAUAAUUCUAGUCACUGGCCCUCAGGAAAAGUUUUGGGAGGCAGUAGUCGCAUCAAUUUCAAUAUUCAUUUUAGAGGAUAUAUUCCUACUGAUUAUUUAUCGUGGCAAUCUGGUCAAGAUUGGUCCAGAGAGGAUGUUCUUUAUUACUUCAAUAAGUAUGAAAAGACUGGUACAUGUAAUAGAUCACCCAAUAAAAAAAAAUUCUUCAGUCAUCAACCAACACACGUGACACCAAUUGCAGCAGCCAUACUUGAAGCAGCUAAUGAGUUGGGCUAUAAUACUUCAUUAAGUAUGAACACCGAUAAUUUUCAAAUUUCUAGACAAAACAGUGGUAGUUUUUCAUUGACACCAGUCGCAAUAAGAGCAGGUACUAGAUUAAGUGCUGAACAUCUAUAUUUAAAAUCAAAGAAGAAAAAAAACUUAACUGUCCUUACAAAUGCAUACGUUUCAAAGGUGUUGUUUAAAAAUAAUUAUGAAGCAAAUGGUGUGGAAUAUAGUAAAUUCAAUAAAAUAUUUAAUGUUUAUGCAUUAAAAUCAGUUGUCAUUUCAGCAGGAGCAUUGAAUACACCAAAAAUACUUAUAUUAAGUGGUGUAGGACCAGCAAACCAACUUAGAUCAUUACAGAUCCCUGUGAUUGCUGAUUUAGCAGUGGGAGAAAAUUUACAAGAUCACAUUAUUACAGGAUUAGACAUGAUAACUAUAGGAAAAUCACUAGGACUAUCUUUUAAAGAUUUUAUAUCACCAAUAAAUGUUUAUAGAUAUUUUUAUAAAGGCACUGGUGUAUGGACACAUCCAGGAUGUGAAGUAGUUGGUUUGUUACAAUUAGAUAAAAACAAUAAUAAUGUAUCAUCCCCAGAUUUACAAUUAAUGCUUUUACCCUUUGGUGCAUCGUCUGAUGCAGGUGCUGCAUAUUUUAAUCAUGUGAAUUUAAAGAAUGAAUUAUGGAAUGAAUACUUUCAAUCACUUGUAGGAAAGCAAGUCAUUACAUUAGCACCUGUGUUAUUGCAUCCCCAAAGCCGUGGUUAUGUUAAGUUAAAUAAGAAUUAUGAUAUUGUUAUUCAACCAAACUAUUUACAAAAAUCAAAAGAUGUUGAUUCAUUAAUUCAAGGAAUGAAGCUAGUGAAAAAAUUUGUAGAAACAAAAGCAUUAUCAAAAUUUGAUGCAACAUUUAACACAAAACAUAUUCCUGGCUGUAAAAAUUACAACUUUGGAUCAAAACUUUAUUGGGAGUGUUACGUAAGGCAUAUAACGUUGACAUCUUAUCAUCCUGUUGGGACAUGUAAAAUGGGAGAUAUUAAUGAACAAAGUGUAGUAGACCAUUCAUUGAAAGUUCAUAAAUUAAAUAAAUUGUAUGUGAUUGAUGCAUCAAUAAUGCCAUCUAUGCCAAGUGGAAAUACAAAUGCUGUUGUAGCGAUGAUUGCAGAAAAAGGUGCUGAUCUCAUAAAAAAACAUGGUUAUGAAAGAACUCAAAAAUGUAAAAUGUUAGACUUAUUUUAUGGUGUAGUUUUAAAAUAAAU